AUGACUGACGAAAAACAAUUAACUGAAUUAACCAAAACUAGUAAUGCCGAGGAAAUUGAAAAUACUACUCUCAAAUAUGAAGAAAAUCCCCAAGAAUUAGCAACGGCACUAAAAGUUCCUAAGGAACAGAUAAACAGUCCGUUUGAGAAAAGAGCCCAAAUCAAAAGAGAAUUGAAAACACUCCAAGAUGCUAUUUUUAAAAAGAAAGAUUGUGGAACUAGUCUCAAAAUUGAAAUUGAACGAGAGGAGUCAUUACAAAAUCGAACUAAUCCAGUUGGCAACCCGACCGACCCAAAAAAGUUAGCCAGUUUGCUUAAAAGUGAUUUACAGGACAUUUUGACUAAUGAUAGCCGUGAUUUAGACCAGGAAGAUUAUAACGAAAUAUUAAGUUUGGUCCGCCAAAUAAGAGAGUUAGGAGAAGUUAAAAGAGAGCAAUAUCAACAAAAUAUCGAAAAUAUAAAACUCAAUAAUCCCCGAAUAUUUGAUCAAUCAAGAAGUGAAAUUAUUUCCGAAGCCGAAGCCCAACGUUUAUUAAAUCAAGAUAAAGACAAUGGUCGUUAUUAUAUUAAUUAUCACACUUAUGUUGACUUAAAUGAUAAAAUAUGGAUUGACCAUUAUCAAGGAGAUAUUAAACAAGAAUUAGCAAAGCCAGUUAGCGGUGCCAAUAAAUUAAUCGAAAACAACGACCAUAAAAAUAUGAGUGGUGGAGUUAUCACUAAACAAGUAGAAAAAAACCAGCAACUAGACAAUGAAUUUUUGUUAAAAUACUUCCAAGAAAACGAUAUUAAAGAAAUUUCCUUAACUCCCGAAGGUAAUUUAUUAAUUGAAUACAAUAGUGGCAAAACAGAAACUAUAACUAACGACCAGGUCAAUCGCCAAGGAUUACAAAAAGUUAUUAGUUAUUACCAAAAAAAUAACCAAACUAAUUUAAAUCAACAAGACUUAAUUAACAAAACCAACUCUAAUUCACCAGCCACAAGUCCGAAGAAUGGUAAUAAUUCAUUAGCGGCUCUUGUUAUUGGCGGAGUUUUAGUAAUUGGAAUAGUGGUUGGAUUGUGA